AAUAAAUAACAUGGAAUAAUUUUCAAACUAUGGAAAAAUGUUAAAAUUUAACUUACAAAAAUUGUAUCAUUUAUUACCGAGCAAACUUCAACAACACUUUCAUCUUAUCAAUAAACGUUUAUUCUAUGCAUGUCUUGCUGAACUAAUCGGUACAUUCAUUCUAAUGACCAUUGGAUUAGGUACAAUGAUUCAACGUAUCUUAAGGCAUCAUACAAAUGAACAUUAUAAAUUACACUUGGGAAAUGUUCCCACUGGUUGGUCAAUAGCAUUUCUAUUAUCUCAAACUAUCAUUACUCCAUUUGGUUGUGGUAUAAUGAAUCCAGCGAUGACAUUCUCUUUAGCGAUUAUUAAUAAAAUACCAUUUAAUUAUGUUUUACCAUUUACUAUUAUUCAAUUGAUUAGUUCAUUUGUAUCAAGUUUAUUGAUUUAUUUCAUUUAUUAUAAAAGUACCAUGGUGGAGAAACAUAUGAAUUUGAUAUUUUUCAAUCAAUUCAUUCCAACACCGUCUGCAUCGCAUUAUGUAUGCUUUAUUGAUCGUUUAGUGUUGACUGCCAUUGCAACUGUAUUUGUUUUAUUGAUUCGUGAUGAAAGAAAUGAAUGUGUACACAAAAGUUAUCGAUUAAUUUAUGUUGCACUAUUUACAGCUGGUCGAAUUGGUGCUUUUUCAAUGAAUGCUGGCACAUCGAUUAAUCCAAUACGUGAUUUAAGUCCAAGAAUAGUUUUAGCUUUAUGUGAAUUAGGUUUGGAUGCAUUCAAAAAAGAUCAUUAUUAUUUUUGGAUUCCAACCGUAGCACCAUAUAUCGGUUCUAUUAUUGGUGCAAUACUCUAUGAAAUAACAGUUGGUGCUUAUUUAAAUAAAAAAUUAAUGCGUAAAUUAAACAAAACUAUAACAAUAUCACAAUCUCAAUCGUCAUCUUCUAGUAUACAUUCAAUGAAUUGAAUUGUUAACACUUCAAAUUAUACCA